AUGGCUUCUCUAGAGGACUCCUACAGCCUCAAAGCUAGUUUCUCACAGAGUUACUGUAACAUCACGAACUCUGAAUUUGCAUCUGAGGAACGAAAUAAUACUGAGGGCCUAAACGUGUCUCCGAAAAGCAGGGAGAAACGCAAAGAGCAAGGUCAUUCCAGGCUUCACCGGAAGUCGCUCGGGGGCAUCCGGGGCAAACAGGUGCCACGAGAAACGGAUGCAGCUGCCCCUAGUGUAAAACCCACCAGAGAAUACCCAGACUUUGAAGAAAGAUCAGCCAGGCAUGUCGCCUCUGCUGCUCAGAAAGGGAGAAGAUCAGCCCCACCGCUGAUCGGCUUCCACGACAGAAAACCAGCGGUUACCAAGACGCGUGAGGCACUCCGGGAGGAGCCACUUGGUAACCCCAAGAAAGUGUUUUUUGAAAAAAGCUCUGCACCCCUGGGAUUUCCGGAUGGCUGCAACUCGCACUCAGUAAACCAGAUGGGUAAAAAAGAGGCGCAGGCUGAGCUCCCCUCUUCGGGAAGUGGCUGGUCUGAUAAGGAAGGGCUCUUCUCCAAGAAAUUCUCUAAGCACAAGCCAUUCUCACGGAACCUCCCAGCUGUUUCAGAGUCUUCCUCUACCGAUGAUCCUGCUGGGAACCAGCCUUAUUUGUACUGUAGUCCUGGGGAAGACCACCUGGGCCCUUGGACUGGCAAUACCAAGUUUUCUCGCUCUCCUGUCACUGGCAGCUCCAAGAGCAGGAACACAUCCCAGGCUAUGUGGAGCAAGGAGAGUGGGAGUACUUACUGCUAUGACUACACAGUGAGCUCCCAAAACAUGAUCAGAGAUCUGAAGUUGACAGAGGAAGAUGCACCCCGGAAUUCGUGUUCAUUUGACUUUUCUGGAAAUGCAGAAGUCGAGGAGAAAAGAGCUUAUCAAGAGCAGGUGCUGCCACAUCCUAACGGGAGACAGACACUUGACUUCCUGCCAAACAGCCGCAGGCAGCCAUACCUAGAGAAGGAUGUGGGUUUCAUUGAUACCCACUGUCACUUGGACAUGCUCUACUCCAAACUGUCUUUCAAAGGGACCUUUGCCAAGUUCAGAAAAACUUACAGCUGCUCCUUCCCUAAAGAAUUUCAGGGCUGCAUUACGGAUUUCUGUGAUCCUCGCACCCUCAAGGAUGGCCUUUGGGAGGAGCUAUUGAAAGAGGAUCUGGUUUGGGGGGCGUUUGGCUGUCACCCUCAUUUUGCACGUUACUACAAUAAGAAUCAAGAAAGAAAUAUUUUGCAAGCCUUAAAGCACCCCAAGACUGUAGCAUUUGGGGAGAUGGGCUUGGAUUACUCCUUCAAGUGCACCACACCUGUCUCCCAGCAGAAGAGGAUCUUUGAGAGGCAGCUUCAGCUGGCUGUGUCUCUAAAGAAGCCACUGGUGAUUCACUGCCGAGAUGCUGACGAAGAUCUGCUGUGCAUCAUGAAAAAAUUUGUGCCUCCCGAUUACAAGAUCCACAGGCAUUGUUUCACUGGCCAUUACGCAGUCAUUGAGCCCCAUCUGAAGUACUUUACCAACAUGUAUGUGGGCUUCACAGCAGUCCUGACCUACUACACUGCCUGGGAGGCCCGAGAAGCUGUGAAAAGAAUCUCGAUGGAGAGAAUUAUUGUGGAAACCGAUGCUCCCUAUUUUCUCCCUCACCAGGUUCCCAGAAGCCUUUGCCAGUUUGCCCACCCCGGCAUGGCCCUGUAUACGGUGCAAGAGAUUGCCAGAAUCAAAGAACAGCCACUCUCCCAAGUCUUGGCCACCUUGCAUGAAAACACCAGUCACCUUUAUGAUCUUUAA